AUGCUCCGAAUCGCUGCAGCGCUGUGUGUCCUGGGCCUGGCCUUGGCUGGCCCUCCCGUCUCCCGCUCCAGGGAGGACAUUGAGGCCUUCAGGAAAUACUUGGAGAGCAGCCGGACAGAUGAUGGCGUCCGUCUCUCCUCCCGUAUGCUGCAGAACCCUGACGCCAACGUGUGGGAGAAUAGCGGCAAGUUCGAGGGUGACAUUCUGCUGGACGACUGGCAGGUGGAGGGCAUACUCGCCGACUACUCUGCCGGCAGGAACGCCUACAUCUGGCCAGACACCAGGUGGCCCGGGAAUGUGGUGGUGUAUGAGUUCGGGGCUAAUGAGUUUGACGCUGCGCAGACGCAGGCUAUCCUGGACUCAAUCCGCUGGAUCGAGCACUUCGCAUGCGUGAGGUUCCGCAGGAAGCUGGCCUGGGAGAACAACUAUGUCCUUCUUACUGGUCGUCCGGACGGGUGCUACGCGCAUGUGGGCUACUGGGUGGGCCGCGGGGUCCACAUCAUGAACCUGGCCCGCGACGUGCCCGGCCGCGGCUGCUUCAUGACUGGCGUCAUCAUCCACGAGUGGCUCCAUAUCCUCGGCUUCUUCCACAUGCAGUCCACGUACAACAGGGACGAUUAUGUCCGCAUUCAGUUCAAUAAUGUUGUCGCUGGUAUGGAGUACAACUUCGACCGGUACGGCUCCGACCUGGUGAGCAACCUGGGUCUGCCGUAUGAGUACACCAGCUGCAUGCACUACAGCAGCCACGCCUUCUCCCGCAAUGGCCUGCCCACCAUCGUGCCGCUGAGGAGUUUCGACGGUGAAAUGGGUCAGAUCGAAUACGUCUCCUGGUAUGAUUGGCUCCGACUGAACCGUCAUUACAAUUGCCCAGGUGCCUGGUCUGCAGACUUCGUUACCAGCUUGAGAGAACAGGUGGACAGGGAGUUUGGUCUUGAAGACAAGAGCGAGAAAGUGGUAGUAAAAGAUCUCGAAGACAAGAUGGAGGAGAGUGAUAAAGUGGUCGUUGUCGAUAAUGUUGAGCAAUAA